GGGAGGUGGGGAAGCAACUCGGUGUUUUCCGGAUAUUAAAAAGACGCGAGGAUUCUCGAAAUCCACUACGAGGUCCAUAGUCGACCCUCCCAGUUAUCAGUGCAGCCCGGUGCUCCCAGCCUGGCACAGACCCUGACAUAUUCUCACCCAUUUCGGCCCACUAGCCGCCCGGAACCAUGUCGAAUUUCGCCCCCGCCGCCCUGGGCGGGCCCCUAGGAGACGAUCUCGAAGUGGCCAGCAAGUCCCCUUCGAUCGGCAAACGGGUCGUCUUUCAAGUCAUCGACGCCCACUUCGACGGCAGCACAACGCCACAGGUGCUCAAAACGUUCCUGCGGGCGACGGCAUCGCCAAGGGCAUGGAAACGCUUCCGCCGCAGACGGACGGGACGGCGCGGAUUCUGGACAUGAUCAUCCAUUCCAACUUCGUCAUCACGGACCUCCGCGACACGGAGGGCCCCGAGACAACCCGGCCGGCUCCAAACUUUUUGAUCGGUUUUCUGAGGCAGCGGCAUACGCGGCCGUUUGAGGAGCGGCGCAUCUUUAGGUGGCUCAACGAUCCGCUGCUCGUGAACGACAUCGGGAGCAUCUCCCAGUGGUCGCAGAGCCUGGGCGGCGACAGUGUGAAUUUCUAUCGCCUGGUCAACCGCACGAGCCUGCCGCAGAAUCCGCUGGACCAUGAUCUCCAUCCGAGAGACUCGUACUUGACUUGUGUGCAGGAUGCAGAUGACCGGUUGAUAUUUAUUAUCGUGAACAAUGUUUGGUCCGAGCAAAGAUUCAGCGUCAACAAAUCCAGCGACGACGACAUCAUCUUCCAGAAUCCCCGGGGCAUUCCGGCCAUGCUAGCCGGGAAGCCCUCAAGUUCCCACUCGCCAAAAACCCCCAUCUUCAAGUCCCGCUGGGCCUCUUCGAGCCUCGGCUCUCUGCCAAGAGCAGCGACGCGAUCAAGGAAAUCGAGGACGCCGAGGGCAUCCUCCGGAGCGUCAAAAACCUGGUGGACUCGAUUGAGUUCGUGGUCGAGGCUCUCAAGGCCAAAAACGCCGCCGCCACAGACAGACUACCUGACCAAGAAACACGCCAUCCGCGAAGCCAAGGCGAUCAAGAUCCUCACCAUCUUAGCCUCGUUGUACCUGCCGCUAUCUCUCUCCGCCACGCUGCUGGGCAUGCAAACACCGUUCCGCAUGGUGGCCCACACCAUCGUCCCGAGCGACCAGGCCAGCAACCUCUUGCUAAUUCUCGACACCAACCUGCUGUUCGACUUCUUGGGCGUGUUCAUCUGGCUCGCCACAUCCACCAUCUGCAUCCUGUACGCGAUCCAGCUGGGGCUGUGGCUCAAGUCCAACGGGCUGGGCAAGCUGUCGCGCGUGUUCAGCGGGCCGUUCUCCAUCUUCUCGUACGGCAAGCGCUGGCGCUUCGGCGGGCGGGGCGGCCGGGUCUUCGAGCUUGUAAGCGGCGUGACCGCGUGGUGGGUCGGCCUCGGCUUCUGCUUCACGCUGCUGGUCAUCUUCUUCGUCGGCAUGCUGCGUACGGCGCAGGACGCCUGGGACACGGCGUGGAGUAUCUUUACCGUCUAUUUCGCCGUGAGCGGGGCGCUGUUUACGUCGUGUUUCGGGAUUUACAUAUACUUGCACCACCGGAAGGUGAGGGGGCGACGAGGGUCUGUAGCCUUCCCCGUCUUCCUACAUCGUAGCGCUUUCUGUUUGGCCUGAGCCAAUUCAACUUUGAAGUCAAUGAAUUAUAUUAAGUUGAAUUAGGCGGAAGUGUAAAGAGCGUGUACGACGGGUCUAUUCCACCUCUAGGUUAAGACAUUCUAGCCAUUGUGACUGUGCCCUCACUGGUAGUUGUACUCUACUCAAUUGAGAUUUGGUUGGCCUCUACACGGAUGAACAAGUAAGCAAAUCGGGGAAAGGUUGAUGACGGGCCACGAGAAGCAGAAAUCCGGAGAGAAAGGUACUGAGCUCAUAGAGUCCGGAGACUCCCUGGUCAACACGAGAAUUCCAGGAUGUUUUUUCAGACGAAUACUCUGUCCAGUUGGUCAUAAACUCCUGGAAACUGGUCUUUCGAUACGGCUACAGGAAGUUCCGGCACGACUUUGUGAACUUAACUAUUGAAGGUAGCGGCAUCAAGCUUAU